AUGUCGUUGAACGAAAAUGUUCAAAAUUUGGAAAGUUUUACAUUAGUAUGGUUAGACGAAAAUGUUAACAACCAUGAAAACUUACAAGUUCAAAUGAAAUUAAGAGAAUCCAUUAAUUAUAUUAAAACAUUUCAAAAUCUUAAGACAUGUAAAGAGUAUAUUCGACAAAUUAAAGAUGAAAAAGUAGUGUUUGUUGUAUCCGGUAGUUUAGGACGAAAAAUAGUACGCAUUGUUCAUAAUUUACCACAAUUAAGUACAAUUUAUGUGUACUGUAAGAAUAAACAAUAUAAUGAAAAAUGGACAAAAAAAUACAAGAAGGUGAGAUUUACUUCUGUUACACCGGUCAAAUCUAUUACAACACAAGCAGAAGAGCUCAUUACAACCAUUGAACGCGAUCAAUCCAGACGAGAAAUCUCGCACGAUUCAACAUCAAUUAAUAUAUUUAAACGAUCAGAACAAUCAUUGUCGAAUUUGCAAUAUGAAACCGGAAAAUUAUUAUGGUUUCAAUUAUUUAUUGAAACUAUAUUAGAGAUGAACCAAGAGCCGACAGCAGCAAAAACAGAACUUGUUACUCUUUGUAAAAAAGUAUAUGAAGGAAAUGCCAUAGAACAACACAAAAUUGAAGCGUUUAAUAAUACAUAUUCAUCAACUGAAGCCGUGAAGUGGUAUACCCGUGACAUGUGCCUUUAUCGCAUACUCAACAAAGCCUUGCGUAUAAAAGACACCGAUACAAUAUUUUCAUUUCGUUCGUUAAUAAGAGAUAUUUUCAAGCAAUUGAAAGAAAUACACCAACAACAGAACUCUGUUAUGAAUGCAAAUUCAUGUUUUCGUGUCUACCGUGGUCAAGCUCUAUCAAAACAAGAUAUCGAACUAAUUAAAGAUUCUAUUGGGGAAUUUCUGUCAAUGAAUUCAUUUCUUUCAACUAGUAAAGAUCGUGCAAUAGCUCUUGCAUAUGCUGUUUCAUCAAAUGAAGACUCUGUUCCCGUACUAUUCGAUAUAAUAGUUGAUUCACGUCAUGAAACAAAGCCAUUUGCUGAUAUAAGUGCACUAAGUUAUUUUCAAAAUGAGCAAGAAGUUUUGUUUAUGUUGUGUAGUAUAUUUCGGAUUGUCCAUAUUAGACAAGAUUCUUUAAGUCAGAUUUGGUUAAUAUCACUAGACCUUUGUAAUGAAGACGAUAGUGAUUAUAAUGAGUUAUUUAGCUAUGCAUAUAAUGAUACUAUAGCUAAAAGUAAGAUUUUACUUUCACUUAGUCGUUUAUUACGACAAACGAGUGUUCAAAGUCAAAAGUGUUUUAAACUGCCGUGGAUUGAAAUAUCGUUGGAUGACUCGAAUUCGCGACAAAUUCCAAAUUGUUCAUAUGAAGAACUGGUGAAUACUAUUAACCCAGAACAAGAUUUGGAUAAUGCUCAACAAGAACUUCAAAGAAAACUGCGAAGUGUAUCAUACAAUCAUAUUUCACUUGGGCUUGAUUUUCUUCACAUUGGUGUACUGUACGGCAAAAUUUUUAUUUAUGAUCGUGCAUUGUCAAAUUUCGGUCGAGCCCUUGAAAUUCUACAUAGAUCGUACGGAAAUGAAGAUGAAAGAGUUGGAUGGUGUUAUAAUAACAUAGCUGUUAUAUUUUAUAAUUAUGAAGAGUAUGAUUCAGCUUUAAGUAGUUAUUUCAAAUCAUUAGAUAUAAAACUGAAAUUGUCACAUUUACCUUACAAUCAUCGCAGUAUUGCUCAAACAUUUGUUAAUAUAGCACUUGUAUAUCAGGCAUUGAGAAAAUAUGAAAAAGCUCUAGUAUGUUUUGAACAAGCAUUAAAGAUUAAAAUUACAUCAUUUCCGUUAACCCAUAUAGCCUUGGUCGACUUAUAUGAAAAUAUUGGUCUCACCCAUUAUACGAUGGCUAAUUGGAACUGUGCAUUAACUAAUUUAACAAAAGCAGCUUCAAUUCAUGAUGGUAACUCGCCGACAGUAGCAUUUGUAAGUGAACAAGGUGUAAAACGUUGUUGCGAUACAAAAACUACUCGUGACUCGUUUUAA